AUGUACUACGCCGCUCAGCGAUCCGCAUGCCGUAUUCCCUUGAACGAGUCCACUCACGCCCCGGUAAUAGGCCAGUCCGCGUCCGACUGUGCAUUGAGGCUUAACUGUGACCAACACCGUCCACUGGCAUCAAACUACAUCCUCGCAGGCAUUUCUCGUCAAGAACCAGUCGUUGUUUCCAACACCGUGGAUCCCGCUGUUGAUUUGUCCCAACAUUUUAUUCCAUGUACUGGGUAUAGCUCGAAUCCUCCGUUGAAAAAGCGAAAUAAGCCGUUGCUGGAAAAGCGGCGCCGCCAACGCAUCAAUUCAGCACUGGAUGAACUGAAGAAUCUGAUGGCGCACAGCGAGCCGACCUCUACAACACCAGCUACCAAGACGCACCUCAAAUUGGAAAAGGCCAACAUUCUCGAACAAGUGGUCUCAUUUGUUAAAGGCGCUGUUAGUGCAGCGCAAAAACGUGGUGCAAUUCCCAAGGCUGAUCCGGAACACAAUUUGCUAUUGGUCCGCACGGAGGCGUUUAUCCAAGGCUUCUCAUUUUGCGAGGCUACCGUCACUCGCAUUUUUGAUGAUAUCCUUCGAAAUGCGAGCCACGAGCAACCGGGAGCGAGGACAGCAAAUAUGACGUGCGCGUCGGUUGUUGGGGAAUCAGACGUUUCCACCUUUGUCUCUGCCGUUCUGUUCGAGCUGUCACACAAACACCAAGAAGUGACAACUGCCAUCUUCAACCUCCAUCGCAACUCCUCAACAAGCAUGAAUUCCGACCCCAACUUACAUAUCCACAAUCCCCCAUUGAACGGUGCUGGAUCCGAGGUAAAUCGGUGUGCUACCACUCGACGCAAGACCAGCCGGCGGUCACCUUCCAAGCGUCCGAAGGGCAUGAAUCCUCUCACUCUAUCCGACUUUCCCACUCAAUCGGAUUCGAGCCACCACAGCAGUGGUAGUAGUGACAGGGGCAGCAGUUCCUCGGCCGGUUCGUUCAAUGUUCCUCAUUCAGCUCCAAUCUGGCGGCCUUGGUGACG